CACGUGAACGAGAACGCCUAGCCAUUCAUCCCACAACGAUCGACGGACUGGUCGACCGAUCGAUCGGUCUCAAGUCUAUAGUAAACACUGAUGGUUGGCAAAUGGUGACAAUUGCGGCGCGCUAUUAAAAGUGUUAUUUUUGCCGCUGAUCUGAUUUGUGGAUCUGCAUUCAAUACUUGCACUAAAACGAUCGGGCAGGCUUUCCCGAUGUCUCUCCAGCCUCAAAGUCUAUAAAUACAAUUGGCAGUUUAGGAACAUGUUUCAGUCUAUCGACCGAUGCUGGAGAAUAAAAAUAACUCAAGCGUUUUAAUAAAUUCUAAUGGACCAGCAGUAACUUAAAAAUUUUGGAAAAAAAAGAAUUCUUCCUUUACUGUUGAGUGAAAGGCCAUUAAAUAUAAGUGACACGCAAUUUAUAGAACGGUGAUUUCUCAAUAAAAAACGAAACUUUUUAGCAAUCAAAGAUUAGUAGAAAAGGAAGAAGAAGAGAAAGAUAGACAACUUUUUUUUGUCAAGUGCCGUUUAUUUUUAAAUUAUUCGAAAAAAUUCGGAAACAACAAAAAGCACUUUCAUUAAAACGGAGAACUGCGUGUGUGGCGAACUUGUCGAAAUUAAAAUCAAAAUCAAAUCAAUAAUUCCCCUCCCCAAUAAUCAAAUCUAGCACCACCUGCAACAGUCCCUGAAAGCGGUUUGAAUUGACAAGAUGCCACAUCGAUCUUCCAAAAUGAUAUUGAAAACAACACGAAAGUAUAUGAACUCCUGCUAUGUGGUCCUGGGAGUUAUCAUUGCAGCACUGGGUAGUAUUUGUCUGGUAUUUGCGAGGCCGUUUAUUGAACGUUUCAUAGAUUAUAACCUGCAACUAAGACCCAAUGCUGAAAUUACCAAAAUGUGGAGCCAUCCAGAUGUCAAUGUAUCCAUAGAUUUUUAUUUUUUCAAUUGGACCAAUUCCGAGGAGUUCUAUUACAUGAAAACAAAACCCAAGGUAAAUCAAAUUGGGCCCAUCAGCUACACUGAGGUGCCAGUGAAGAAAAUCUUCAAAUGGCAUCCUGAGAACAAUACCAUGGACUAUGGCAAAACCCAUUAUUAUUAUCUUGAUGAGAAGAGAACGGUGGUUUCUCUAAAUGAUACCCUGAUAUCCAUUAAUGCUCUUAUGGCGGCGGCUGCUUCUAAAUCAAGAAACUGGGCCUAUCUGAAGCGCACCUUAAUCGAUAUGGCUUUGAAAUUCUAUAAAAAUGGUGCGAUCUGGAAGAGAACUGUAGAUGAAUUCUUUUUCAAGGGUUUCAACGAUGACAUUGUUAAUCUAUUGGCAGUAUUGCCUACAUCCAUGCGCACCUCUUUGGGCCUAUUUAUGCCAUGGGACCGAAUUGGUUAUGCCUAUGCGCGCAAUGCUACCUCAGAAUUCCUAGGCAAGCAUAGUAUUCACACCGGCGUUGGAGAUAUCGACCGUUUAGGGGAAUUGAUGCUAUGGAAGGGUAAAAAUUAUUCCGAAGCCUUUUCCGAAGGAUGCAAUGCUGUACACGGUUCCCCGGGGGAAUUCCAACGUACACAUCUGAAAAAGCAUGAAUCCAUUGAUUAUUUUUUCACCGACUUUUGUCGGGCCCUAAAAAUGGAUUACUUGGAUGAGGUUUACAUUGAUGGAAUACGAGGCUAUCGCUACAUCAUAUCACCAAGUGUCUUUGAUAAUGGCACAUUGUAUCCGGAAUCUAAAUGUUAUUGCAAUGGUGAAUGUGUACCAUAUGGAGUUUUCAAUAUAACCAGCUGUUAUUUUGGUUUGCCAGUGUUGGUAUCGAAACCACAUUUUUUGGGUGCUGAUCCUUACUAUGCCCAACAAGUGGAGGGCAUGGAGCCGAAUAAGACAUGGCAUGAGACUUUAAUAACUUUGGAGCCGAGAACCGGUUUGAUGAUAGAAAUAAAGGGGCGCUUGCAAUUGAAUAUUUAUGUCAGACCCACCAGCCAUAUAAUUUCCUUUCCCACCAAACGAAAAAUGGCCUUCCCUGUGGUAUGGUUUGACAUGUACGCCGGCAUAUCCAAGGACAGUGCCCGCAUACUCAGCAUGGUACAAAAUGCUCCCUUCUACGCCAAUAUCAUGGGAUUGUGCUUAAUGUUGCUGGGUAUAGUCAUAGCAUGUUGGCAGCCCUGCAGGGAUAUGUGGAACCGACGCUCUGUACAGCAUAUGGAAAUCAAUCGCCUCAACCAUGAUGAUGACUAUGAUGAGGAAAUGGAUCAUGUAGAUGUUAAUCUCAAGUCCGGUACUAUAGGCAAGCAGGUGGGCAGAAAGAUUCUUAGCAGGGAGAAUUUAUUCGGUCUACGCUCUAAUUUCCCCUCACUUGUCUACAUCACUACACAUCCGCGACGAAGUUUACCCAUAAUCAUUUCACAUUUGGAUGGUGAUGAGGAGGCAUGGAAGUCCUGCCUGGAAGAUGAAAUGAGGCAGCAAUCUGAGCUGGCCUUGGACGAGGGCAGCAGCAGUUAAUGACCGCCGCUGGUUGCCCCAGUACAAAUGAAGACUUUUUCACACCUGCUUGCCCAGUUUUUUAGUUUUUCUUUAGCUAUACUCACUAGCAACCUUUGAAGAUUUGCAUAAGUCUAGGUUAAGGGGUAUUUUCUUAGAAUAGUCUAGCAUACCAAAUGUACUUCACUACGCCACACCCCAUUGUAUUCCAUUGCUUUUGUAGUCGUUGUAUACCAUCCUUCAUCUAAUUUAAGAUUUUUAGGGUUUUUUUAUAACUUUGUAUUAUAUCAAAUGCCUUUGCAUUUGAACAUUCGUGAUAUUAACAAAUAUACAUAACAUACAUAUGUAUA